AUGCCCGACAGACACAAGCUCAAGCUCUUCCACUUCAAGCAGGGCACGGAGAACCAGCUCAACCCGUCCACGUCGCAACUGCUGGGCGGCCGCAAGUUUCUCGGCUUCCACAUUGGCCGCCACGACUCCCUGGACUCGCUCAACUCGCCCACGUUGACCAACCUGUCCGACCACCACGACGCGCCGCCCGUGCCAUCGCCUGCGCAGAUGCAGCUCCACCUGCCCGGGAUCCUGGCCCAGAAAGUGCCGCUGCCGGCCCACGGCCUCCAGGCGCAGCAGGUGCAUCUGCCCGCCCACAAAAUGCACUCGGGCAUUCUGGCGCCGCCGUCCCACACCUCGCCUGGCCACGAGGACCACGUGAAGCAGUCGCACAGCAUGGUGGAGCUCAAACGGCUCUUCAAGCCUGUCAAACGCAAUUCCAAGACAACUGUUUCCGGUGAGCACGGCGUCCACAGUCGUGAACAACUGCUGACGUCGCUCGCAGCUCUCAUCAACCAGACAUCGACACAGCUACUUUCGCAGCAGCAUAAGAAGUCCGAGGGCCCGUACCACGAGCCUUUUAUGCACGACGAGCUGCCGCUUGUGAAAAAAUACGGCAAGGUGGAGAAGGAGCUCGGGUCCGGCGCCGGCGGCUCUGUUCGGCUCAUUGUGCGGCCGCUGGACGGGAAAACGUUCGCCGUCAAGGAGUUCCGUCCGAGAAGAACCGCAGAGUCCUUCAAGGACUACACUCGUAAGUGCACAGCUGAGUACUGCAUUGGGCUGACGCUUCGGCACCCGAACAUCAUCCAGACCAUUGAUAUCAUCCACGAAAACAACCGCUACUAUGAGAUCAUGGAGUACGCACCCAUCGACUUUUUCGCCGUCGUCAUGAGCGGGAACAUGUCGCGGGCCGAGAUCAACUGCUGCUUGAAGCAGAUUUUGGAAGGCGUGCUGUACAUACACUCUUUGGGCUUGGCCCACCGUGACUUGAAGCUCGACAACUGUGUGCUCACCACAGACGGAAUCCUCAAAAUCAUCGAUUUUGGCAGUGCGGUGAUCUUCCGCUAUCCCUACGACCAGUUUGGGUCACAGGACCAGGUGCAUCACUGCCACGGCGUGGUGGGCUCAGACCCGUAUCUCGCGCCCGAGGUGCUUUCGAGUCUGAAUCUGUAUAACCCGCAACCGGUGGACUUGUGGUCCAUUGCCAUUAUCUACUGCUGCAUGACAUUGAAACGUUUCCCUUGGAAAAUCCCAAGCCCAGAGAAGGAUAACAGUUUCAAGUUGUACGCCAUGGAGGAUGACAGUUGGCAUGAUUAUCAUCUUUCCAAUGAGAGUCAUAAACUUUUGUUGCGGCAACGGCAGUUGAAGAAUAUGCUCGCACGCCUGAAUAAGCGCAGACGCCAUGGAGAAGAGAAGGCUGAACAUGAAAAGGCACAGGAAAAGAUUGAGAAUGAACAGGUGCAUGAAAAGACCGAGAAUGAAGGGGCUCAGCAUGAAAUGACCGAAAAGCUCGAACAUGAAGCGAACGAAAAGGUCGAACAUGGAGCGAGCGAAAAGGCCGAACAUGAAAAUGCAAAUACCAAGGAGGAACAUGAAAAUGAGGAUGUGGGUGAUAAGAAGAAUGAAGACGCACAUGAACCUAGACAUGACCAUGAGAAGCCCGAUCCACAUAAGUCUCACUUGCACAAGCAUGAAUCGAAAGAUGUCAAGACCGAAGUUCUCAGCGAAGAGGAGUUGGAAGAAGUGACUCGUGAGUUGCGCGAGAUUGACGCUAAGCUAGACGAUCUCGAGCGUCGGAAAAACGAAAUGAAGGCUCAGUUUGCCCGUUCUCGCCCGGCCAGUCCGCGUGUAGAAGAACACGACGAAAAACGCAAGCACCACCGGCAAAUACAGGGCCCCUACCGCUUGAUGCGGUUGUUACCACAUGCGUCGAGGCCUAUCAUUCUGAAAAUGCUCCAGAUUGAUCCCACAAAGCGUGCCACCAUGGAGGAGAUCUUGUCGGACGAGUGGAUCGAAAGCAUUCAUUGUUGUACUCUACAGUCGACAACUACUGGCGAUAACAUAGAGGAGGAGGAGGAUCUAGUUUUCGUUCGCGGAACUCCGGCACAUGAACACACGAUUGUGACGGACGAGAAGGAGUAG